AUGGAUACCAAAAUCCGAAUCGAAAAUGUCGAUUACUAUCUUCGUGAUGCGAAUUUGAAUGCAACCCCUGUCUCGGACUGCGGAAUCUAUCCCAAAGAACUCAACGGUUACAUGGAAUAUCUGGAACACAGCAUCCGAAAACUUCCAUUGUGCAAACUCAAUAUCAAACUUCCGAUACUCAAAUCGAAGGAACUGAAAAUGGAAUCUCUUAUCGACUAUAUCAAUCAAAAAGGCUGGGUUGGUGGAGUUGUGCCAGAUUUCGUAACCACGAAGGAUCUUUUGAAAUCUGUCGCUUCUUUGGAAACUCAUUUGAUUCAUGUUUGUCGUGUCGGAGGCGUCUUUUUCGUGUUGAAAGUUGACAAGGAGGAUCCAAUCAAAUCAAGUCAUAAGGUUAUUUUUAAUCACUUUAUGACCAAGAAAUCGGGAAAUGACGUUGUUAUGAAUGACGGAUCUGCUUACAAAGGAGUUUUCAACGCAACUAUUCUGAAUGGAGAAAAGAAAAUGUUCAAUAUUUUAUAUUCUGGAGAAGUUGAUGCAGUCAAACGGACUCCUAAUGGAAAUCUUCGUCAUUAUGAAAUGGAUGUGACCUACGGAGGACCAGAAAAUGAUUUCUUUUGGAUUGAGAACAGUUGUCGGCUAUUCUGGAAAUCAUUUUUCGGAGGAUCUCCUACUCUAAUUAUCGGUUCGAGAACUGGCGAGACUGCAUAUAAGAAGAGCCGAUUCUUGACAUAUCCGAAACAUUCCGUUUAUGAGAUAAAACAAAUCAUUCGUGAUGAAAUGCCUUCAGAAGUCUCAUUCCCAGAUAGACGUCCCCUUUGGACUGUUUCCGAUGGAAAGAAGAAUCUUCACAACUUCCUUCAAUUAGUCAAAACCAACGUGAAGAGGAGUGGUGACUGUUAUGUUUUCUCCAGAGUUCCUGGAAGUCUCAAAUGGAAUUUCAAACGGGAUGACGUGGCAAUCGCUGAAUUUCGGGAUUUGAUCCGUAAAAAUAUACCAUCCAUUUAA